AUGCAAUCGAUUCACAAAUCUUCCGGUCAUCUGAAUUCCAGCCGUGCUAAUGUAAAUGUUGGUAUGAUUUCUGUACCUAUUUUGCAACAAUGUGAUGAUGUAUAUGAGAAUUUGACUGAGCAUGAUCAUGCUAAUGAUGUUAGAACAAUAGAAUCAAUAGAUUAUUAUUUUGAAAAUGCUAGCCCUGUUCAGAUUGAUAUUGAUGAUAUUCAGGAGGAAGUGGAUUUCCGGAAUUCAUCCACUGUUUGCUAUGUUGUGGGAGCUAAUCCACCAUUGCGUGUAAUGGAAGGAUUUAUCAGGCGAAUCUGGAAGAAAUACAAUGUGGAUAAGGUAGUUUUGGUGAAGAAGGGGAUUUAUUUGGUUCGUUUUUUUACCAUGGACAUGCGAGAUCAGGUCAUUGUUGGGCACCAUUUUUUUGAUAACGAACCAAUGAUUGUAAAACCCUGGAAUGUUGAGAUGGAUAUGGAGAAAGAGGAGCUUAAAUAUGUACCAAUCUGGAUUCAGUUGAGGCUGAACUUCAAAUAUUGGGGAGAAAAGUCCUUGUUUAAGAUAGUAAGCCAAAUAGGUAAGCCUAUUAAGAGGGACACUGCUACUGUGAGUAGGGAUAAGUUGCAGUUUGCCAGAGUGUUGGUGGACAUACAUAUAAAACAGAAGCUCCCUGAUCAUGUAGCUUUUGUGAAUGAGCAUAGUGAGAUGGUUCAAGUGCCUAUCUCAUAUGAAUGGAGGCCAAAUAUCUGUGAGAAGUGUAAAAUGAAAACUCAACCUGUUCAGAAGCAAAGUGUACCAAUGGAGACGAGUAUUCCAGAAAUUGAUCAGGAAGGGUUUCAGAGGUCUCUCAGACCAAUCAAGGUUAGGCCUACUAAUCCAGAACCAACAUCAACAACUAAUCAGUUUCAAAUGUUGAAUGAUGAUGACCACAGUGUCUGCAGCACAACGGAAAUGGAAAGGGAUAUUGAUACAGAGGAUGAUACUGUGAAGCAAUUUUUGCACAAGUAUCAAGUGGGAUUGGUUGGACUCCUAGAGCAUAAGGUGAAGCUUCCUAAUCUAGGUAAGCUUUAUCAGAAAGUGUUUUAUGGUUGGUGUUUUACUAGUAAUGCUAGUUUCCAUGAAGGGGGUACAAUAAUAGUGGCUUGGAACCAUGGAAUUUUCUCAGUAAAUAUUGUUGCUGUUUCAGAUCAAUUAAUUCACUGCUAUGUUAGUCCAGUGAGUGGAUUGCCUGGUUUCUUUUGUUCUUUUAUUUAUGCUUUUAAUGAGAGUCAAAAGAGAGAGAAGUUGUGGAAGGAUGUGAAGGAUCUCAAUACACAGGAUGCUUGGAUCUUAUGUGGGGAUCUGAACUGUGUAAUGAAUGUGGGGGAGAGGAUUGGAGCUCUUGUGAAGAGUAUGGAGAUGGUAGAUAGUUGUGAGUGUAUGCAACAUUGUCAGUUAGAGGAUAUUAAAAGUGUGGGGAAUUUUUAUACCUGGAACAAUAAACAAUCAGGGAGUGCUAGAGUCUUUUCAAAAAUUGAAAGAAUUAUGUCAAAUUCUAAGUGGCAAGGGUUGUAUACUACUGCUGAGGUCUGUUUUAUGACUGAGGGAUGUUUUGAUCACUCUCCUGGUUUGCUGACUGUGUAUCCAAGAGAUGUAAAGGGGAAAAAGCCUUUCAAAUAUUUUACAAUGUGGAAGAAUUCCCCUCAGUUUAUUUCCACUAUUCAGACUCACUGGAAUAGUCAGGUGCAAGGUAGUAAGAUGUUCUGUGUGGUUAAUAGGCUGAAGAAAGUGAAGAUGGCCCUUAAGGAGUUGAAUAGAACAGGCUUCACAGAUGUUCAAGCAGCUGAUUUGAAAGCUUAUCAAGACAUGAUUGAAGCUCAGAAAGAGAUGCACUUACAUCCUGAUGACCAAAACAUUGCAGAUUUGGAGUUGUUGGUUGUAUCUGAUUACAAGGUUAAACAUCAGGCAAAUAUAGAUUUCCUGAAGCAAAAGGCCAAAGCUGCUUGGCUAAAUGAUGGAGAUGAGAAUACAUCCCUUUUCCAUCAAAGCAUCAAGGCUAGAGCAAUUCAGAACUAG